CUUUAUAUUUCCUGCUUGGCAUACAUCUCUCACAGUUUUUAUUAAAACCUUGCGAGGAAAGUCGAAAUAUUCAUUCCUAAAAAAGAAAAUAAUUCAAGAAAAUGGAUUCUGACUCUGAUCGUGAAAUUGACCCUGAGCCUGUGUAUACAAUAUCGGAGCUCCACGAUCAUUGUGUGGACCGCGAGAUGCCUUUGCCCAUCGUCAAGGUAAAGAAGUGUAGUGAAGGCUAUGUGGCCCGCUGCUGUGUGGCCACUCUGUCCUGCCGUGCCUGGGCGGACAGCAAGGAGCAGGCGCGCCACAAGGCAGCCACUACAAUGUUAUCCAUGAUCGCCGUUCCAACGCACGGUCAUUUCUCACGCAAGAAGCCGAAGUUCAUGCCUCUCGCCAAGCGCCACAACUACUUUAAGAACUUCCCGCAAGCCCUGAAGGCGGCUGCCUUUGAAGUCAUCUACCGUCCGCAGAAGUACACCAGUCUCAAGGAGCAAGUGAUGAGCCUGCUGGACGCCCUGGAGCUUGAAUCAACCACUGGCGUACUGUACACAGUGCCAGGGAAAGAGCCGCUCCUGAAACUCGAAUUACAAUGCGGUGUUGAUUGCCGAUUUUUGGGUACCGAGAAGGAGUUGUAUGGCGAGAUUCUAGAAUACUUCCGAAUAAUGCUGGUCUGAUCAAGUUCCAAUUUCAAUCUAUACUGUUCGUU